AUGUCAGGUGAUGAUGAUGCUCUCAAGAUGCUAGAGGCUUUGACUAUGGACGACUCCGAGUCUGACGACGGUCCGCCUGUAUCUUUGGCUACAACCACAACGUCGACCGAGGCAAGUGCAAGACGCCCACCUCCUCCGUCGAGCUCUCCACCACCGCGGGUCACAGAGACCCGUGACCCGCUCGAGACUGCUGCUCUCAACUCGCGUAUCUCGCAGUUGGAGCGUGACCUGGCAAGCGCCAAGCGCCGCGGACGUGACGCCGAGAGCACCGCCGACAAGCUCCGACGGGAGCUUGAUGCUGCGCGGCGGCGCAUUCGUGAGGCCGAGGAUGAGACGGCUCGAGCUCGCGACGAAGCCUCUGUCCUCCGCGACCAGCUGGCAACGGCAAGCGCAAACUCGGCGGCGGCGUCGAGCUCGGCGGCGGACACGCUGCGGGCACGGCGGGAUGCGCUCGAGCGCGAGUUCCGCGAGAAAAUCGACCGCCACCGCGACGAGGCGACGCGCGCGGCUGAGGCCCGCGCUCUGGCACUCCGCUCGGAGCUGGAGCGCGAGGCUUCGGCUCGGCGCGAGAAGCUCGAGCGGGAUGCCCGCGAGAUGCUGGCGCGGCACAUGGAGGAAGCCGAGCGUGAGCUGAGCGCCCGGCGUGAGGCCAUGGAGCGCGAGCAUGACGAACGGAUCCGCGACGCCAUGGACCGCAUAUCGUCGGAGCGCCGCGAGCUGCGGGUCAGCUACGAGCGCAAGUCGGAGACACUCCGGGUUGAGGCCAUCAAGCACAAGUCGGCCCUCGAUGCGCGGAUCGAGGAGCUCGAGGACGCGCUGCGCGAGGCAAACGCCCAGCUCGCUGACACCAAGUACGCCAUCGAGCGCGAGGUCAAGGCCAAGCACGCCGCAACUAUGGCGGCCAUGCAGCGUAAGUUUGAGGACGAGCGGGCCUCGCUAGUGCGCGAGAACGAGGCUACGGUGGACAAGUACGAGGAUGCCCUGGCGGCGCUCCGCCAGCAGCACGCGCUGGCGAUCAAGGCGCGGUCAGCCAAGCUUGACGAGCUGGUGGCGACAACGGCCAAGGCCGAGGCCGAACGGGCAGCGCAGUUUGCGGACAUGGUGGCACAGAUGGAGAGCUCGGUCCAGGGCCAGCUCGGCGUGCUCAAGCGCGAGCUGGCGCAGUCUCAGGACGCCAACGCCAAGCUCGCCGAAGAGCUGCAGGCUGCGACGGUGGCGCUCGCCGAGUCUGAGCAAGCGCUGACCAAACAGACGUCGCUGCUCAAGAGCCAGGCGGCGCGCGAUGCCGCCGAGCUUACUGCCAAGCUCAACGACGAGAUUGUGCAGCUCCAGGUCCAGCUGUCCGAAAUGACAGACACUGUUGCGGAACUCGAGCGCGACAAGGCUGUAGAGGCGCAAAAGGUCCAGAAGGAGAUUGAGCUGGCGAUGAAGACCAAGUACCAAAACAUCCAGGCCGAGUUUGAGGAGCGGUUCCUCGCCGAGCAAGAGGCCCGGAUCCGGCAGCAGGAGGAGAUUCUCCUGGCACGCGAGGCCGAACUUGAGGCGCGCGAGGCCGACAUGCUCGACAACUUCCGCAAGCAACGUGACGAGAACGAGGCCCAGCUCCAGCGCAAGGUGGCGACGCUCCAGAAGGAGCUGCUCGCCAAGCAGGCCAAAAUCGAGGAGGAGAUGCAGACACGCGACUCGGAGCGCGAGUUUGAGGCGACGUCGCUCAAGGCCGAGCUUCAGCGGCAGGCGGAGCUGCGCAUUGUCGAGCUCGACAACAAGGCUGAGGAGCUGCGGCUGGCCAAAAUUGCGUUCGAGAAGGACAUGCGCGCCAAGUAUGAGGCCGCCAAGGCCGCCGACGAGGCCCACCUCGAGAAGCGCCGGCGCGAGCUCGACGCGCACAGCGAGGAGAUGCAAGCCCGGCUUGACAGUCAAGCUGAGGCGCUGCGCAACAAGGAGUCGGCGCUGUGGGACGCGCUCGCCGAGCGCGAGACUGCAGCACAGGCCGAGCGCGAGGAGAUGCAGGCUGCGCUGUCGGCCAAGCACGCGGCGCUUCAGGCGGAGCUGCUUGACAAGGCGGCGGCCCGUGAAAAGGCGCUGCUGGCACGCGAGAAACAGCUUGCCACUGACUUUUCCCGCAAGGAGAAGGACCUUGCACUUCAGACAGAGGCGCUUCGGUCGCAGCUGCUCGAGGAGCAUCGGGCACUGAUGGACGAGACAGCCGCGUCUGCGGCUACUGUCGAGGACGAAAAGGCCGAGUACAUGACCAAGCUCCAGCUUGCGUACGACGAGCAACUUGCUGCCCUGCAGACACGCGAGCGCAAGCUCAACGACGCGCUCAACGGUACCAAACAGUCGAUUGCCGAGCAGCUGGCUGCAAACGAGGCGGCGCGACUCGAGGCUGAGCACGCGAUGAUCGACAAGCUACAGGCGAUGGCCGACGAGCACGCGGCACGGGUGGCAGAGCACAACCGCGCCCGGUCAGUUAAGGAGCAGGCGCUACUCUCCAAGCGACAGGAGGUGGCGACGCUGCUGGCUACCAAGGAGGCCGAGCUGGAGGCGGCGGCGUCUGAGGCACUUGCAGCCCGCGAGGCAGCGCUCGAGGCAACGUACAACGAGCGGGUGGUGGCGCUCAAGCAGCGCGCGGCAUCCGAUGCUGCGGCGCUGGAGGAGGCCAAGGCCAAGUUUACCAAGCAUCGAGCUGAGGUUGAGGCUGAGGCCAGUGAGACGCUGGCCAAGCGGCUGGCAGCGCUUGAGGCCGAGUACAUGGACAAGGUGGCGGCACUUGACUCGCGCGAGGCCGACAUCUUGAUCAAGGCACAGGCGCUGGUUGACAACGCACACAACGAGCUCCGAGAGGCCGCAGUCAAGCGCGAGAACGAGUACGCCGCAGCACAGCAGGCUGCAACCAAGCGCGAGCUUGACCGUCAGGCUGCGUUUGCGGCCAAGUCAGCGGCGGCGCAGGCCGAGAUGGAUGGCAUUCUUGAUGCUCUCAAGUCGCAGCUUGCGGUGUCACAGGAGCGGCAGGCCGAGCUGGCCAACCAGCUCUCGGCACUCAACGCGGCUGUGGAGGAGGAGAAGGCACGCGGCCGGUCUGCUAUUGCAGACCUCACCAUUGCUCACGAGGAGCAGCUGUCGGAGAUGCGUGCGGAACACAACCGGGCGCUUGCCUCCAAGGACGUUGACAUGGCUGCCUACGAGGCGUCGAUGGUGGCGGCGUUGGAGGCGUCACGGGCCAAACAGAACGCGGUGCUUGACGAGCGCGAGGCGGCGAUCAAGGUCGCCGAGCGUGCGGUCCAGUCAACACUGGAGGAGGCUCGGUUGGAGCUGGAGGCCAAGACGCACGUCAUCCGGACCGAGCUCGAGGCCGAGGCAGCAGCCAAGCUCGACGCGCUGGUCAACGAGUACUCUGCCAAGAGGCUGGAGGCUGACGCCGAGCUGGCGGCCGCCAAGCGGGACGUUGCGGCGCGUGCCGAGGCGGCUCGUGCAGACCUCGAGGAGGAGCGGGCAGCGCUUCGGCGGCAGCAUGCUGAGGCAAUGGAAGCUGUGGAGGCGCGACGCAACGAGAUAUAUGACCACAUGCAGGCGCAGAUUCGCCAGCUGGAAGAGUCAAAGGAGGCGUUCCGCGCCAAGGUCCAUCGUGAGCUCGAGGACGAGCGGCUGAAGGACGCACAGACGCUGGCCGAGGCCAAGGCCAAGCUCUCCGAGAUGGAGGAGGAGGCUCUGGCCAAGGCGGCGACGGCGCGGGCGUUGCUUGCCGAGAAGGAGCGGGGGCUCGAGGUCCGCGAGUCCGAGCUCAAGUCUGCGAUGGCGGCCAAGCUUGCCGAGGCGCGAGCUGCGGAUGAGGCUGAGCUUGCGGCGCUCCGUGCUGCGCUGGCCGAGAAGGAGGCUGCGCUUGACGCGCGCAAGACCGAGGUUGAGGCCGAGCUCAAGGCUGCGCUUGCGGCUAGCGAGUCGGACAAGGCUGCGUUCAAGCAGGCGGUGUACAAGCAGCUUGCGGAAGAGCGUGCAGCCGACAAGGCUGCGGCCGAGGCAGCAGCGGUUGCCCUUGCCGAGACUGAAAAGGCAAUGUACGAGCGGGCGUCGGCACUGGCGGCAGAGGCCAAGGCUGCGCGCGCCAAGGCCGAGGCUGACCGCCAGGCUGCACUUGCACGACUCGAGUCCGAGUUCGAAAAGCGGACGAUGGAGCUCGACGCCGACCGCAACGCGUUUGAGAGCGAGCUCCGCGAGAAGCAGGAGGCGUUCCGGGUUGAAAUGGCCGAGGCGGCACGCAAGAAGGAUGCCGAGCUUGCGGCAGCCAAGAAGGAGCUGUACGAGCGGGAGCAGCAGCUCGCGCUCGAGGCUGCACACCAGCGCGCCGACCUUGACCGCGCGUUUGAGGCCAAGGAGCGCGAGCUCCGUGGUGAACUUGUGGCGCGCAAGCAGGAGCUCGAGAUCGAGUCUGCGCGGCAGCGUGCCGAGAUGGAGGAUGCUGUCGAGGCUGCGCUUGCCCGCGAGCGUGAGGUCAAGGCCGAGGCGGCCGCCAAGGUGGAAAAGAUGGAGAACGCUCGGCUGCGGCAGGCUAAGGUUGAUGCCGAGGAGCGGGCCAACUUUGAGCGGCAGCUGGUGGCCAAGUAUGAGACGCUUUCGGCGACGCUGCGCGAGAAGGCGGCGCAGAAGGAGCAAGAGGCCAAGCUCGCGGCCGAGCGUGCGGCGGCCGAGGCCCGGGCUCGGAUGGACGAGCUCGAGCAGGCGUUUGCGCUGAAGGAGGAAGCACUCAACGACCGGCGUUCCGAGCUGGAGCAGGAGAAGCGCGCUUACGAGGCCGAGCUGCACGCAGCACAUAGGGCCAAGCUUGCCGAUCUUGACGAGAAGGCACAUCGUCUUGUCGCCGAGCAGGCGAAGUUUGAGAAGGAGGUCAACGCAAAGGCUGAUGCUCAGAUUGCGGCGCGGAACGCCGAGCUCGAGGAGGCUGCAGAGGCAAUGGAGACCAAGGCACGGCGGGCGCGGCAGGAGAUAGAGGCACGCGAGCGUGCGGUGAGCACCAAGCUCGCCGAGGCUGAAGCGGCGCUGAUGGCCAAGUACGAGGAUAAGCUGCGCGAGGUGAAGAAGUUCUCUGCUGAGCGCGAGGGCAAGCUCGAGGAGCGUCAGGCCGCGUUCAUGGCUGCGUUUGAGGAGACCAAGGCGCAGCAGUCCGCGGCGCUGGAGGCGCGCCGGAACGAGCUCUCGCAGCGUGAGGAGGCGAUGCGAGCGAAUGUUCAGGCGCAGCUCGACGCGCUUGCGGCCAAGCGGGCUGCAGACGAGGCCGAGCGAUCUGCGUUUGUGGUCAAGAUGCUCGAGGAGCGCAAGGACGCCGAGGCUGCGGCGAACGCGGCUGCGCUUGCUGCGGAGGCCAAGAUGCAGGCCAACUUUGAGUCGCUGAUGCGGCAGGUUGCGUCUGAGAAGGCGGCGAACGAGAGCAAGCUCCGUGAGGAGCGUGCAGCCGCUGCUGCCGAGAGUGAUGCGCGGCGCGCCGAGGUCGAGGAACUGCGUCGCGAGAUGUUGACCGAGGCUGCGGCCCGCGAGAGCGAGAUGCGCGCCGAGAUCGAGGCUGCGAAGCGUGCCGACGAGGCUGAGGCUGAGGCGAAGCGCAAGGAGCUUGCGCGUGCCGAGAAGGAGCUUUACCAGGAGUUCCUUGCGCGAGCUGAAGCGCAUAAGAAGGAGGUGUACCGCGAAGCCCGCGAGUUCUUGGAGGCCAAGCGUCGCGAGCUGGCGACGACGACCGAGGAACAGCUCAAGGUUGUGGACGAGAUCAUGCGCGAGCGGACGGAGUACGAGGCCGAGGUCCAGGCUGCACUUCACGAGCUGCGAAUGACGAACCGCGAGUUGGAGGACAAGGUGAGCGUAAUGAUCAAGGAGAAGGAAGCAAUGGCAACCCGGACGGUUGCGACCAAGGCGGCACAUGCCAAGGAGAUGCGCGACAUGGAAGCAGCGGCGACCAAGGCACGCAACGAGCUCAAAGCCCAGUUUUCGUCUGAGAUCAACGACAAGAUGGCUGCAAUUUCGCGGCUGACAACGGAGCUUGCUGAUACGGAGCGGGCCAGUCGGCUUGAGCUGGAAAAGGCACGAAACGAGAUCGAGGCUGAGAUGAAGGCCGAGUACGAAGGCGUGCAGAAGAAGCAGGAGGCUGCGAUUCUCGCGCUUGCCGAGGACGCGCGGCAGAAGGCACGUGAGGAGGCGAUCGAGCAGCGGGCCGAGUGGGAGCAGGAGCUCCACGAGCACUACUCGCGUGCGCAGGCCGAGGCGGAGCGGCGGUGGCAGGGCGAGUACGACAAGCUUGUGCGGACAGAGAAGGAGAAGCUCCGCGAGAUGCGGGACGAGCUGAACCGGACGGCACAGGCUAACGUGCAGCGGGUGCUAGGCCAGUGGCGCGAGGCUGAGGAGAAGGCGAGCAAGGAGCGGCUGCAGUUUGAGAAGGAAAUUCAGGCCAAGUACGAGUCUGUGAUGGCAGACUACUCUGCCAAGAUUGCGCGGUUGGAGCGCGAGAAGGAGGCGAUCGAGGCGCACAAGUGGGAGGCGCUCGAGGCGGCGUCCAAGGAGCGCGACGCGUACGAGGCUGAGCAGCGGGCCAAGUUUGAGGCUGCUGCGGAGGAGCAGCGACGGUCGUUUGUGCAGGCAAAGCAAGAGCUGGAGCGGCACUACCGGACGGAGAUGGAGGACCGCGACUCGCGGCUGCUCGACGCGGCCAAACAGGACCAGGCGGACCGGGCCAAGUACGAGGAGCAGCUACGGGCCAAGUUCCAGGUUGUGGUUGAGCAGAGUCAGGCCGAGCUCAAGGCGCAGCAGGAGCGGUGGCUCAAGCGCGACAUGGAGGAGAUGGAGCGGCGGGCCGGGAUGGAGAUGGAGCGGAUGCGGAUGCUUGCCGAGAUGGAGGACAAGGCGGAGACGGAGGCGCGGAUGCGGUAUGCGACGCUCAUGUCCGAGCUGGAAUCGUCGUGGCGGGCCGAGGCAGCGAGCCGUGAGGCCAAAAUCGAGGCACGGCUGACGGCGCACUACGACGAGCUUCUGCGGGCCAAGAGCGAGCAGCUCGAGCUUGCGCUUGCGGUCAACUCUGAGCUUGAGGAGAACGAGAAGACGCGCUGGGCCGAUGCGCUCGAGGAGCUGAAGCGGAAGCAUCUCAACACCAUGUCGAGCUACGAGGAGAAGCUUCGCGCCAAGUAUGAGGCGAUGAUGGAGCAGUACGACAAGCUGUACCACAAGCAGGUUGCCGACGUCGAGGCUAAGUCACUGUCUGUGGCGUCGGAUGCCAACGCGUCUGCGCGUGCAUCGCAGGCGCAGCUGCGUAAGUUCAAGAUUGCGUUUGGCAAGUGGAAGUUUGACUACCAGCUCGAGCUGCAGAGCAAGUACGAGAAGGUCAUUUCGGAGCUGCAGGACCGGUACCUUCACGAGGUCGAGGCGCGUGCGCACGAGGCGUCGUCGUUCCAAGAGGCGGCGAAUCUGUCGUCGCUUGCGGCGUCGGAGCGGUCGCUCGGCGUGAGCCGGUCUGCGGCGGCGUCAAUGGCGGCGUCCAAGGAGGCAGCGUCGCACGCGGAGAGCGCGUCUGCAGAACUUGUGCAGCUGAAGAACCGGGUGCGCGAGCUGUGGAAGGCGCUCGACGAGGAUGUCGAGGUGCAGAACGGGUUCCUCGCCCGGGCGACCGAGAUUGCACCGGACGUGCACGGGCUUGUGCGGCUGUACUCGCGCGAGGCGAACAAGCUGUCCGGCAAGCUGCCUCUUGUGCAAAAGGCGGCGCGGCGUGAGUUCCUGAGGUACCGGCUGUCAGCGUCGUCGGGCGGACCUGCAGACCGCGGGAUGGUCGACGAGAUGCAGCAGCUGACGGCAGAGCUCUCACGCGAGGUUGCCGGGUGGGAGCGCGAGUGGAACGAGACGUUUGCGUACCGUGGCGAGCCAUACGUGCAGCGGAUGCGUAACGAGUCUGCCGGAGGCGAGGUGCCGGUGCGCGAGUCUGCUGUCCGGAGCCACGGGACAGUUAGUGGCGUGGGGACGUCUGUGAGCGGGGCGGCAGGACGGUCGCCGCUCAAGACGCCCAAGUACCAGUCGCCGUACGUCCGGCGGGCACAGGGGAGCGAUGCGGCUCGCGGAGGCGGCGAGGCACUGCGAUUCGAGGAUCUGCGGCGCUGACGCGCUUUUGGUGUUUGUAAACAGCAGUUAGAUGCAA